AUGGAUAAAGUUUAUUUUUAAUAUUUUCACUUCAGUUAAAAAAUCAAUAUUACCCUAUUAUUUUAAUCAGAUUCUUUACUCUUUUUCAAUAAUCUUAAUCGUUCAUUUCAACAGGAUUUCUAGCAAUUGUAUUUUAUUUCUUCUAGAAUCUUAUCCACUAAAUUAAUCAUUCUGUAUCAUUCUUAAUUAUGGUCGAGACUAUUGAAAGAAUUGAAAAAAAGUUUUAAUUUGAAAUUCUUUUCAUAAAGAAUUGAUUUUAAGAAAAAUUCUAAUUAUUAAGAUUAAUUAGAACCAAGUGUUUAUGCAUUAUCUGAAUAACCAAUAUAAUAUGAAGUUGAAGAAAAAAAUAAAAUGAAUCAAAUCCAUCUACAUAAAAUGUGUUAAUUAUAUUAAGCAUUUUUUUAUAUAAUUUAUGAAAUUUUAAUAAUUAAUUGA